AUUUCUUUUUGUACCUGCGAUAAUACGACCACAGCGUUUUUUUUCUUUUCUCCGAAGACAUGAUUGCUUAGAAGAAAGAACUAAUAAGAUCCGCCUAUUGAUAUUUUCCCUCUUGAAGCAUGGUAUUGAGCAGCCUCCUCAUUGCCGUCCUGUUCGCGCUUACAUAACUGCGCAUGCCUCAAACCUAAGUUUCCAAGCUUGACCAGACAAUUAGCAUGCCUCCUCGCCCGUUCCCCUACCCUCUCCGGAUCGGCACCGAUAUCUGCCACAUUCCUCGAAUUCGCGCCCUCAUAAGCAAGAAGGUGCCCGGAGACAACGAUGCGCAACCGCUAGACAGGUUCCUUAGCCAUAUAUUGACCUGGCCGGAACGUCAGCACUUCAUCAACCGAUUUGGGAGGGUUGGGAAGGCGUUGGAUGAUGCUGAUAAUGUAGCGAAGUAUUUGGCUGGCCGAUGGGCAGCCAAAGAAGCGUGUCGCAAAGCGUGCGAACAUCUGGGACAAGCACGUGGCCUGCAUCAUAUUAUGAUCCUGCCAGCGGAACGCCAUAUAUUCAACUCCAGCCCCAAAGAAACAUCUCGGCCGCGAGGACUCCUUUUACGAGAACCAUUGGACCCGUUCCCGAGCGAUACGAUUCGGUCGAAUUCCGCUGCGAGGCGGCCCCUGCUAGGGAGCCAGAGUGACUCUGCGGCAUUGAGCUCGUUCCCGGAGCCAAAUCAAAAUUCGAAAUUCGAUCUGGAUAGUGUGGAAGGACAGUUCUUUGAGGUGAGCAUAAGCCAUGAUGGCGAGUAUGCCCAGGCUGUCGCUAUGGUGCCGGUUGUCCAUUGGGAAGGCGGAGAAUAAAGAGGCUCAAGUUGGAGAACAAGACACGGUUUGCCAGCAGUACUUAAACCGAGAGUCCUUCAAAGCUUAUCGAAGGUGCUGAAACCAUUCUCGCGUAUGACGCCUUACUGCGAUUCCGCGAAGUCGAUCUUCA